AUGUCAGAAGAUGAGGAUAGCUCGGACUCUGGAAGAGCCACUAGAUCCGGAUCACCAGAGGAGACUGGAUUUAUUGAAUCACCAGACCCCUUAAAUGAAGCUUCUCCUUAUUCUGAAAGGAGCGAUUCUAGUCAUAUUUAUGAAACAAGUUCUUCAAAGGGCACAGAACAGUCAGCAGCUUCCUCUCCAAACCAACUUAACAGUGAUGAAGAGAAUAAUAAAAACAUUCCAUUUUCUGAUACCAACAUAGCAGAUGUCACCCCACUGUCCCGAAACUCCGUGUCAUCAGAGACGAAGGCAACGGAAGACUAUCAAAAUGUUGGAUUUCCAUCUGGGGAAAAUCAGAAAGAAUUUGACUUAGAGACAGAUAACUUUGCAGUUAAUCUUGAGGCCAAGGGUUUACAAGAAUUCCCUGUGGACAUUUUAAAAGUCAAAUAUGUAAAAUAUCUGUAUUUAGAUAAGAAUCAAAUAAAAACUUUCCAAGGGGCAGAUCCAGGAGAUCUGCUAGGACUUGAGAUUCUGUCCCUGCAAGAAAAUGGAUUGCCAUCAAUCCCCAUGGAAAUUCAGUUAUUUCACAACUUAAGGAUACUAAAUGCCAGUUACAACCAGAUAUCAUGCAUACCUAAAGAACUAUUACAACUUAGGAAUAUGACACAACUCUUUUUAAAUAGUAAUUUUAUUGAGGAUUUACCUACUGCUGGCUUGGAAAGUCUUAGAAAUUUGGAAAUUUUAAGUUUAGGUAAAAAUAUGUUAACACAUAUACCAGAGUCUUUGUCUAGUUUGAAGAACUUGCAAAUUCUUAAUCUGGAAUAUAACCAAUUGACAAUAUUUUCCAAGUCCCUAUGCUUCCUUCCAAAACUGGUUUCACUAAACCUUACUGGAAACAUGAUAGGCAGUUUGCCAAAAGAAGUUAGGGAGCUGAAAAACUUAGAAACCUUUUUAAUGGAUCAUAAUAAACUUACCUUUUUGUCUGUGGAAAUUUUUCAGCUGCCCAAAAUAAAAGAACUUCAUCUAGCUGACAAUAAAUUGGAAGCUAUUUCAAACAAAAUUGAGAAUUUCAGACAACUCAGACUUCUUAACCUUGAUAAAAACUUAUUGAAAAACAUGCCAAAGAAAAUUUCCCACUGUGUAAUGUUGGAAUAUCUUAGUCUUAGUGAUAAUAACAUAGAAGAGCUUCCUAGGAAAAUCCAUAGGCUUAAAAAUUUGAGACAGCUCCAUGUAAACAGAAAUAAAAUGAUAAAAAUGGCUGAGGAAAUCUCACAUCUUAAUAACAUAAACAGCCUGGAGUUUUCAGGCAAUCAAAUCACACACAUUCCAAUUGAAAUAAAAAACUGCAAAAAAAUAACCAGAGUUGAAUUGAAUAACAACAAUAUAAUGUACUUCCCAGUGGGGUUGUGUGCUUUACCGGCACUUGACUACCUGAGUUUUAAUGGAAAUUAUAUUUCAGAAAUACCUAUGGAUAUAUCAUUUAGUAAGGAACUGCUUCAUUUAGAGUUGAAUAGAAACAAACUCCCCAUAUUUUCAGAGCACUUGUGUUCUCUCACUAAUCUUGAAUACCUGGAUCUUGGUAAAAACCAAAUAAAGAUAAUUCCACCCUGUAUCUCUGCCAUGGUGUCACUCCAUGUGCUCAUUCUGUCUGGUAAUAAGUUUGAAAUUUUUCCAAAGGAACUGUGUGCUUUAAAAAACUUGCAAGUACUUGAUAUUUCAGAAAAUUACUUACAGAAAAUACCUUCAGACAUCUCUAAACUGAAAGGGAUCCAGAAAUUAAACUUCUCGAGCAAUCAGUUCACACAUUUUCCUGUUGAACUGUGCCAACUUCAAACCCUGGAGGAGCUGAAUAUGAGUCAGACGAAUGGGAAAAAGUUAACAAGACUUCCAGAAGAGCUGUCUAAUAUGACUCAACUCAAAACACUUGAUAUCUCGAACAAUGCCAUCAAAGAGAUUCCAAGAAAUAUAGGGGAGUUGAGAAGCCUGGUUAGUCUACAUGCAAAUAACAAUCAAAUAAGUUCUCUGCCACCAUCCUUUCUGUCUUUAAAAGUUCUACAGCACCUAGACCUCAGAGGUACGUGUCAAGUAUAAUAAGCAAUAUGAAUCUGUAAGUAGAACAUUGAUGCUAAAUUUCAGAUUUUGCUGACGAAAGCAUAUCAGACAG